AUGAAUCCUGGCCGGUUUUGCGAUUCUUGAUACGGCUCCAGAUAAGUCGAAUUCAACUUUGAACAUGUCUUUCUUGAUUUUGAUUUCUUUGAUUCUAAAUUUUGAUUUUUCAUGUUUCUUGAUUUUUUGAUCCGCUGUGAAAGGAUGGUUUUAGGGUUUGCUUCUAUUUCUUUGUUUCCUUUUCACUGAUCGUCUGUUAUAAAUGUAUUGAUAUGUUUUUCUCAGAUUGUAGAUUACAAGAAUUUUACACAAUCACACUUUUUAUAUUUUUAUGGUUUGAAUCGUUGCUUCAAAAAUAGGGUUUUUCAUUCUCAUUCUCUCAUUACUAUUCAUCCAUUCUACAAUCACAGAAGAGAACAACACUCUUUGAUUCUACCACCAAGAAUCAAUCAUACAAAAAAUCAACAACAACAAGAGUUUUGCAAUGGCUUCAAGAAUUGUUCCUCAACAACAACACAAAGGUGAAGGAAGGAACCGAAGAGCACUUCUUGAUAUUCGAAACGUUGUCACUCUAAAAGGUGUUGAAGUCAAGCCAAAUAGCCCUGUCACAAGGAGUUUUUGUGAACAACUACUUGCCAAUGCAGAAACAAGCUUGUGCCAAUGGAGAUUCGAUCCUCUCCUUCACUAUUCUCUCCACUUCAGGGACUUGGUUUGGAGAACUUUGCUACUCUUCUUUCUUUAUUCAUAGCUUUUUUUUACAACUAUUUUUCUCAACCUUGUUAAACUUUCUGUUUGAAGUGGAGAAAUUAAAGAUGAUUGCCUCUGUGCUGGGAUUAA